CUGCUGAACACAGUCAGCUAAAGUGGCCUGCAGUACUGCACUCUAACUGCUGCGCCACCUCGGCUCUCAGUUGUAGAACUGGUCAUCCUAAAACCUGUCCCAACAUUCCUUGAACUUUUAUUUUAUGGGGUCCUAUUUUAGCAACCUGACUGUUCACAACAGAUCUCCCUGCUCCAGUAUCCACCAAAAACGUUGUCUGUCGACCCCCUAUGUUUAAAGUAACCAAUGGCUCAGGGGGCAUCUCCUCUAAGCCAGGUCCCCAUCAAUCCGUCCAACCAGUCCCUGCCAAUCCAAUCCCCUCAAUUUCCCUUUCUCUACUCCAGUCUCUUGUAUACCCUCAAGUCCUUCUCUGUCCUCUGCCUACUCCUCCUCUCCAACCUCUUCCUCUCAUCUGCUGCCUAGGACAUUCCCUUUGCCAAUGGCCUUCCUCUCUACAAUUAGCACACUGAUUAGGUCCCAGCACAGUCCCUCCUUGCAACGCCACAGCCAAUAACGCUAUCUUUUUAUGCAUUCUGGCCUCUUGCUCCUUCUUUUCAACCUUAUCCCUGUUAACAAACACUUUCCUGGCUACUUCCAACAGCUCUGUAGUAUUCUUCCCUAAUGCUCCCUCCAACCUCUGCAACUUCUUUCUUAUGUCAUCAUAGCUCUGUGCUAUGAACCUCUCAUUCAACAUCCUCUCGUUAUCAGCACUCCUUGGAUCAACCUGAGUAUAGAGCUCAUAAACCUCAAUCAAUCUUUGCAGGAAACUCUCCGGACUUUCAUCUGCUUCCUGCAUUAUAAAAGACGUCUUUGACAUAUUCACCGGAGGCUUUCCAGCCUUGCAAAGAGCCUCUACUACUAAAUUCUGAUAUUCCUUCAGCAAUCUCAUCUGUGGUGGAUCCUGUGCAUUCCAUUCUGAAUCCUUCUUUGAUGCCCUUGUAUCCAACUCUGGCUGUAUAUCCUGUACAGCUGGCAAUCUAUCUCUCAAGCACUGCCUUACAGCAGCCUUCCACUUUUCCCUUUCCUCGGGAGUCAACAAAGUAUCUAACAAUUGCUGUAUAUCCUGCCAUGUCAGAUUAUGAGUUUGCAUAAUAGUCUGAAAUAAACUUGCCAUCUUGGCGGGUUUGGAAGACAAUGGACCAUAAUGUUGUUUCCAAUUUAACAAAUCUGUUGUAGUGAAGGGAACAUACUGAAACAUGGACUGAAUAUGUACUGCUCCCUGCUGGCCUGGCAUUGCCUGAUCCACCUGCCUCAGGGGACCUAUAAUUCCGGUCUGGCAGCCCCAGCUCUUGCAGCUGCCGAUCUUGUCACUACUCCAGUAGCCUCAACUAUUCCAGCUUCAUUCUCCACUUCAUCCUCCCCACUAAGUUCCCCCCUAACAUCCACAGGGAGAGCUGUCUCCUCUGGCUCCCUUUCUUCCUUGGGGACCGAUGGCUUCCCCCUCUGUCUCUGUCGAACAACUGGUUGCACAUUACCAGAUACAGCAGGAGCAGCCAGCAGCCCUUCCCCAGGCACAGCAGCUGCUGCAGCCGCCACUGGGGGCAUGGGGGAAAGGCGCGGAACAUAUGGAGGGGGGUCUAAGGAUCAGUUCCUCUACUUCCACCUUUAUCUCUUUCCUUGCAUCUGACACCUUAGUCUCUGAGACCUUCACAUCCUUGAAUCUCUUAGACUCAACCUGUAGCUUCUUCCCUUUUGAUCUAGCCACACACAAACAAACCAUUUCAGCCUGACAUUGCAAUAACUCAUCUGCUUGCUCUGCUACUGCACCCCCCCCCACUGAUCUAUAUAUUGAAAUUGUUUAGGGUAAUUUUCCUCAUUGGCUGCUAUCAGGGAAGUGAGAUCAUCAAUGAUUUGAUUCUUAAAAGUUCCCUCAGGAGGCCACCCCAUAUCCAUGUGAGGCCAUUGGUGCUCACAUAAAAACUGCAGCCUAUCCCUAGUUACCUUAGGGUAGGGAACCUUAUACUGGGUAUGAUUAAAGUACUUAUCAAAUCCUUUUAACAUGCAUUCCAGCGGUGUGCUGGGAACAUUGCUAUGCCCCCCCCCAUCCUAACACACUGCCAAUGACCUACAGCGCCGGACGUUCCAAUGGUCACUACUAGGAAAUCCAGUGGCUUAACCACCCACACAGCUUAACACGGACUUCUUUAGGACCACUGUCCCAAGUCCAGGGGGUUUGAUCAGGCCCCCUCUUCUAUCUUCGAGUGAGAUAGGUACAAUUAGUUUAAACACAUACUCGCCUGCAGUGUUGUUACAUUCGUCCUGGCCAGGAGCUGGUUCAGACCUCCUUUCCUUUCCCCAAGUGUUCUUGGACUGCCUCUCAGCACUGUCGGCUCUGCUGACAAGCCACAGCUGUCUCCUGGAGGAAAACACCCCCGUGGCACCUGGAGAAUUGUUCAGAGAUGGCUUCCCAGCAGGUCCGAAGGGUCAAGCCGCCCUCAGUGAAACAUCGCCUCACUCAAGUUUCCCGGCCAAUGCACCAGAAACUGUUGUAGAAAUGAGAGACUUGAGUCAGCUCUUUUGGGAAAGGAAAUGGUUUAUUGUGCAGGUUCAGAGAGCUAAUCACAGCAAAAAGGGUCUGAACCCCAAACAGGGGCAUGGGUGAUCAUACUUAUACCCCUUAAUACCAUGUAAAACGAUAUGGAAAUGUACACUCCAUGUGGCUUGGACCUUACCUUAUAGUUGUCCUGUCUGGAUUCAAAACUGUGAAAGAAGGAAUGACAAGCUUCCAAGAAGAGUUCGCUGAUCGACCAAAUGAUCCUUUCUUUGAUAUUUUAGGGAAAGAAAAGGGAAUCCUUCUUUCUAAUGGCCACACCUGGAAGCAGCAGCGACACAUCGCCAUCACCUCUCUGAGGAAGCUGGGCCUGGGAAAGAAAAGCAUUGAGCAUCAAAUAGAAGACACAGCUCAGACAUUGGUGGAGUUCUUUAGACAAAAAAAAGGACAGCCAUUUGACCCAUCACUUCUGGUACUAAAUGCAGUUUGUAAUGUCAUAUGUGCUUUGAGCUGUGGACAUCAAUUUGCUCCUGAAGAAGAAAACUUCCAGAAACUAACUCAAGCCCUUAAUAUUUUUUUUAAUUUCACUGGUGGCAUUUAUCAUGUGAUAUAUCAUUUGCUCCCAUGGUUAAUGAACUACCUCCCAGGCCCUCACAAGAAGGCCCUGGCUUCUGUGGAUUUGAUCCUUACCUUUGCAAAGCAGGAACUAGAGAAACACAAGGAAUCUCACUGUCUGCACAAGCCACAGGAUUUCAUUGAUUACUAUCUUCUUCGGAUGGAAAAGAGCAGGAAUGACCCCAAGUCUACCUACAAUGAAGAGAAUCUGGCUCGGUGUAUGUUUGAUUUUUUUGCUGCUGGGACAGAGACAAGCUUUGCUACUCUGCAGUGGGCACUGCUCCUCUUGACCAAUCAUCCCGACAUCCAAGAGAAAGUCCAGAAGGAGAUUGAAGAUGUGUUUGGCUUAUCGGGGUCAAUUUCCUAUCAGGAUCGGAAGAAGCUGCCCUACACCAAUGCUGUGAUUCAUGAAAUGCAGCGCGUAAAAUAUGUCUUACUAAUGGGGGUUCCCAGGCAAAGCACAAAGGAUGUGAACAUGAGGGGUUAUCACAUCCCAAAGGGGAGCCUUAUUAUAUCAGACCUGUGCUCUGUUCUUCUUGAUCCUGAACAAUGGGAGACACCUGAAGAAUUCAACCCAAAUCACUUUUUAGAUAAGGAUGGGAAGUUCAUUGAACGGGAAGAGUUUCUGCCCUUCGGAAUAGGUCAGCGUGCAUGUGUGGGAGAGCAGCUGGCAAGAGUUGAGAUCUUCAUCUUUCUGACCAGCCUGUUGAGGGCCUUCAGCUUCCGGUUGCCUGAAGGAGUGAAAGAACUCAAUGAAGCCCCUGUUGUAAACGCGACAAUACAUCCACACCCUUACAAACUGUGUGCUAUUCCCACACAUUCUUAAACUUAAACACCAUAAAAAAUGUAACACUAAUUAUAGAAUAGCUUUUCAGUAUGUUACUGUUUCCUAUAUACCAAUUCACUUAUGUUUUGCUUCCAUUGAUUCCACAUGUAAAUGUCUUCAACCCAUUGGUGGGUCAACUGGGUCAACAAAAGACCAGAAAGCUAUGUAUGAACAGUAUGCAAAGGAAGCUUGUUACUCUUUACCUUUUUGGUGCCAAUAAAACAUAUUACUGUCAAUUUA